AUGUCGUGGAGUAUUUUGAUAGUUUGGUUGGCUGCCAAAGCCGACCAUAUUAGUAACCAAUAUUCAAAAGCGUUACAAAAGUCUUCCACUGUAGAGAAGUUAAGCAUCCUGGAAAUGUUGAGGUUCACACAAGUCUGGACUAUCUAUCGUCAGUUGAAAAUGUGUACUCGCUGUCUCUUGUUUUGUGCCUUCUUACUCACGGUGCGGCUCACGACGAGUCACACACUAAAUCAACCUCCAUACUGGGAACCACCAGCUCAAGAUUCUGAACCUGCGCCGUACCGUAAUGCUAUGGGAGAAUUGGAGAAACGCUAUAUCCGCUUUGGAAAACGUCCGUCGGACGAAAUUCGUGCACAGAACCGAGACUCACCAUACAAACUAGAGUUCUCGCAAUUCCCAAGGCAGCCAAUCGAUUUUAUACGGUUUGGAUGA